UAAUAUUUUAUUCUCAUCCACCUAUAUAUACCACCACCCUUCAUUAGUUAGUUAUUAUUACUCGUUCUGUUGUGAGCUCUCCCAAAUCAACCGAGAAAAGAAUCUCUACACAAGCAAAUACUCAGUAUUAUCUAUACACGAGAUUUUAGAAUUGAAUUGAGAUAUAUGGAGUGGGUUCGGGGCGAAAGAAUCGGGCAUGGAAGCUUUGGAACAGUGGAUUUAGCGAUACGAAAUGGUUCGGUGAUGGCGGUUAAAUCGUGUGCUGCGUCGCAUUCGUCUUCGCUUGUUAAUGAGAAAGUGAUUCUGGAUCAACUAAGAGACUGUCCGCAGAUUAUUCAGAGUUUCGGUGAUUGUUUUAGUUUCGAGAAUGGGGAGAGACUGUACAAUGUGUUGUUGGAGUACGCGUCUGGGGGAGAUUUGGGUGGUAAGAUCAAGAAUUCGAGUUCCGGGAAAUUAGCGGAAUUCGAGGUUCAGAGAUGUACGAAAUCGAUUUUACGAGGGAUUGAUUCGGUUCAUCGAAAUGGGUUUGUUCAUUGUGAUAUUAAGCUUCAGAAUGUUCUUCUUUUCGGCUCGAAAUUUGGCGGGAAUGAUUUGAUAAAGAUUGCCGAUUUCGGGUUGGCGAAAAGGGCGGGAAAGAAGAGUUCAGGGGGCGAGUUACGCGGGACGCCAAUGUAUAUGUCGCCGGAAAUGGUGGCCGGAGGGGAGCAGGAGGCGCCGGCGGACAUUUGGGCACUGGGGUGCAUGGUGGUGGAGAUGCUGACCGGAGCUCCGGCGUGGAAGUGCCGGAGGGAGACGGAUUUCGGCGGGUUGUUUAUGAGGAUUGGAGUGGGAGAAGAAGUGCCGGAGAUUCCUCAAGAAUUAUCCGACGCCGGAAAAGAUUUUCUAGGGAAAUGUUUUGUAAAAGACCCGAGAUCAAGAUGGACGGCUGAGAUGCUGCUACGUCAUCCAUUCGUGGCUAAUGAUGAUUUGUUACAGUGUUGUGAAGUUACUUCAACUUCUCCUAGGAGCGCCUUUGAUUUUCCAGAUUGGGUGUCUGAACAGUCAUCUCAAAUGACGGUUAUGCCCUCACCGGAAUAUUCCUCGAAGCCCAGCUCAUUUGACGAGUUCGAUAAAAUUGAGUCAUUUUCAACAUCGCCAGCGGUCAGAUUAAACGAGCUAGUGACUGAUCAUCAGACGCCCAAUUGGUCUGUUUUUGACAGUUGGGUCACAGUAAGGUCGUAGGAAAUUAGAGAUUCUUAUUUAGGUUAUUUCUUGAUUUUUUCGAAGAGUUAGAUUGAUUGAAUUUCAUUGAAGUUGUAAAUAUUCUAAGCGAGUAAUGAAGAGAUACAGGAAAUUUUGUUAGUUCA